ACUGAGCUUCAUCUGGUUCAGAGGAGAGUGGACACACGGAGAGACGUCACAGCUGAGCCGCGUGGAUCUUAUCGAUGUGAUGGCAGUUUGUUCGUAUCGAGGUUAUUAUCGUCAGUGAUCGUCAGACCGAGGACCGACUUUAACUUAAACAAAGAGCAGAUCAGAGCAGAGAGAAUCCUGACGUCCUGUUCACCUCCCUGCAAUGCUGUGUUUCGGAGACUCCACCGACUGCCUCCGAGACCAGGUCCAGUCCGCCAUGAGGUCCCUGCAGGACCUGAAGCAGACCGGUCGGCCGAGGCCGCUGAGCGAACCGUGUGUCGGCUCCUUCGCCGCGGCCCGGCGCUGCAGACAGAAGGCCCAGCAGGAGCAGGUCACUCAGCUGAGAGGGUCCGACGCCAGUGAGGCGGGAACGUACGACUCGGCCUGCUGCCUGGCCAGCCCGCUGGAGGAGGAGGAGAACGAGCGGCAGGAGCACGACCGCCUGGCGCAGUGCUCCCCCAGCAGCGAGAAGAGCGUGGACUUUGACUCUGGAUACUCGGAGGCGUCGUGGCAGGACGAAGGUGUGGUGUUGCGGAGGAGCAGGAACGUUAGGGUCUCCUCUUCGGCCUGUCUGCGCACGAACCGAGGACCUUCUUGUCGGGUUCGGCCCAAAUCGACCUCGGACGCCUGCCUGGAGCGUUGGACCUCGUUUGUGGCGGGCGACCCGGAGGACUGGACCACGUUGCUGCUGAGCCGCAGCAGGAACAGACAGCCCCUGGUUCUGGGCGACAACAGUUUCGCGGACCUCAUCAAGAACUGGAUGGACCUCCCAGAGAGUCCUGAACCGGCUCACCUGAAGCCCAGUCGACGUCUGGCCAAAGACAUUCUGGACAACAUGCGGAAGAGACUGGGCGGGAUGUCCAAAAGUGUGGAGAUGAGGACGAGGCCCGCGGACCCCAGGAGGGUCGGCCGGGCCGCCGAGGCUCCCAAACGGAUGUCCUGCCCCGCCGGGCUCCAGACGUUGAAACCCUUCUUUCACCAGUCUCACACUGGACUGCACCAAAUGGACACGGACUUCUACCAGUUUGCUGCGCUGAUGAAAACGGGCAGCCGUCAACCAAUCAUAUGUAACGACAUCAUUGGAUAUAUUUGAGCCAAUGACACGGAGUCGAGACGAGAGAUGGUUCUAUUUUUAUACGUUUGUAUGUUUUGUACCGUGAAAUUAAAAGAAAAUGUGUUCAAUGACAAA